AUGUAUGUGGAUAGUAAAAAUAAAGAAAAAGAACUUGAAACCUACCAAGAUUUAACGUCAGAGACUGUCUCAUUAGACACAAAUACAGAAUUAACAUCAUUUGAUUCGAUACCAGAAGAGGUAAAUGCAGUACCACCAAUUGCCACGUGCAUGAGUCCGCCUCCACCUCCACCGCCGCCUCCGCCACCGACCUCGAAUGUGUUAGCAAUGCCAUCUUUACCAAUAAAUGUACCAGAUCCUAAGCAGAAGAUGAAAACGUUGUCGUGGGCGAGAAUCGCUACAAUCAAAGAUAAGAGUGUUUGGAACAAGAUAAAGAAAAUGAAAGAUAAAGUUCCAGUAAAUUAUCCAGAGUUAGAGAAACUGUUCUCAUGUAAAGAAAAUACAAGUAAAAGAGCGUCAUCUAUUACAAAGAAUAUAGUUGAACGGCAAAAAGCAAUGAGGAUAGAUAUCUUCUUGAACAAAAUGCAUAAGUCCCCAGACGAAUUAAUUGAAAUGAUAAGACAAGGGUCUACUGCAGGACUAGGACUAUCAAGUUAUCGAUCAUUGAAAGAGAAUUUACCAAAUACGGAUGAGGCCGAUUCACUUCGAGAGGUAUUACCAGAAGAAUUUAAAAAGCUGAGCAAAGCCGACUACUUUGUUUCUCGAUUAAUAAGUUUACCACAAUAUGAACUGUGGAUAAAUACCAUGAUAACGAUAGGAGAAAUUGACAGUCUUGACUACAUCCCAGACUAUGUAAAUACUAUUUCUACUGCUUGUGAUAUGCUGAUGACAAACGAAUCCUUUGAAACAUUCCUUCGAUAUGUACUGCAUGUAGGACUGUUUAUGAACAAGGGGAAAGUUGCUGGAAAAGCAGUGGGAUUUGAUAUAUGUUCAAUGCAGAAACUAUCAGAAACCAAGUCUAUAGAUGAUACAGUUACCUUGCUUGAGUUCUUGGUUCAUGAAAUACGGAAGUCAGACUCAUCAUGCUUAAAAUUUGUCUGUGAUUUUCAUGAUACUCUGCUACACACUCGACGCUGUCUUCUCCAACCAGCUACAGAUGAAUUCAACGCAAUAAAAAAGAAAUUUGCAGAACUACAAGUACAAAUUGAUGCCGAGACAUGUCAGAUUAAAGAUCAGUGUUUUGAGUUGAUCCAGAAUGGGAAGUGUCAAAUCGAAAUUAUACGUGAAAAGUUGGAAACUCAACAAAGAAAAUCUGAGGAGGUUGCCGAUCAUUUUUCUAUAGAGAAUAUUAAUGUAGAUGAGUUGUUCAAAUGUUGCCGGGAAAUGUGCGAAAAUAUCGACAAAAUACAGAAAAAAGUGGCCAAUACCAAUAACAGCUUCAAGCGAGGGGGAUUUAGAGCGACAAUGCCGAGUCUUAGAAGAAAAUCUACACCUUCGAACUUUGUUCCGACAGCAAAAGACAUCAGACUUCAAGAAAUCCUCGCAGUACACAAGAAACGAUGCGAUUCAUUUUCAUAACUUUACAUUCCAUUCUCAUUGGUUACACAUGCUGAAUCUCAACUUUUUUCUCUGAAAUCCAAUGAGUAGCAUAUGCGAAUAUUAUUAAGCAUUUGAUACAAACCUCAUCAUUUAUCAUUUAGAGACUAUUCAAGAAAAAUCCUCAGCGAUCCACUUCUCUAAAAGAUUGAAGAUAGCCGCAUAAGAAAGACCUUACGAUCAGUUUUCGCAGAUUUAGAAGAAGACCUUCUAAGAACACGAAAGACAAAUAUCAGAAGUAGCAACAAUUAAUUCAUAUACAAAUAGCAAAGGUACCUCAAAAUUUCGUUGACACUAUCUCUUUCUGAGAGUGUUAGAAGUCCAAAUUGAGAUAAACUAACAUUCCGUUAAUAUCAUACAACGACAUAUCAUUGAAAGAAAGAGAGUGUGAGAUAAAUCUAUAUGUAGGAUAUAUGGACCAGAAUGAAAGUAAACUAUAUAUCUAUUAAAAAAUAAACAGGAAAUAUCAAUAAUUUUUUUAUAAAGGAUAGUAUCGAAUUCAGUAUUUAAGAUAUAUAUAGAUCAUGUAGUUGUAUUUAAACAAAGGUAGUUACUACGACAGGCAGGUUGAUUAAAGAUGUCUUGAUUGUUUUAUUACCGGCUUGUUGGUGAAU